GAUGGAAUUGGUGUUGAUCGCCAGGAAAACGAAAGAUUGGUUAUGGAGGCAUCAAGCGGCGAAUUUAGAGAAAAUAUCCAUCACACAUUAGACAAUACGCUAAAACAAAUUCACAGCUCCAUAAUGAUGCUCAAAAGCGACAUCCGAAGCCACCUCGAUGCCAGCUUCGUGACCAUGUGUAAA